UCUCUGGUGAUCCUGCUGUCCUGCUGCUGAACUAGCCACCCGCCUGGAGCUUACGCACAUCUGCAGGCUUCUUUCAAGCAGAAGAGGAGGCCAGAAGGAUGUCUGACGAGACGCUUUUGAGCAUGGAUGAGGGAGCGCUGCGGAAACUGCUGGAGGCCACGCUGGACCUGGCAGAACGGCGGCAGAUCCGCUCCGCUAUCCGGGAGUUACGGCGGCAGGAGUUGGAGCGCGAUGAAGAGGCGCUGGCGUCCAAGCGCUUCCGGACGGAACGGCAGGAGAACAAGGAGAACUGGCUGAGGUCCCGGCAGCUGGAGGAGGAGCAGCAGCGGCAGAAAUCUCUGGAUGUCCUCUCUGGGAAACUGGAGGCCAUCCAAGAUGUGGAGGAGCUGACAACUUUGCUGCGAGGAGCCAGCGAGUACGAGGAGCGCAAACUCAUCCGGGCUGCUAUCCGCAAACUGCGAGCUGAAGAAAUUGAAGCUGCGGCCCUGGCUGGGAAGGAUUUCUAUAACCGGAAGGAGAAGAAAGAGACGCUGGAAUCCAAGGAGCGGGAGGGAAACUCUGCAGAUGGAGGCAUCUCUGAGGUGCAGGAGUUAGCGGAGCGGGAGCUGAUCAAAGCCCAGAUACGAGAGCUGAGGAAGGAGCAGCACAGAGACGCAAAGCCAACCGACAUUCCCGACAUCUCCUCAGGGACCCUUCUGCUCCUGGAUCCAGUUCCUAACCGGCCUUCUCCACAGCUAUCCUCCUCCUCCUUCUCGGAGCCUGGGUCAGACCCCGAGUCGAGUGCAGAGGGCCCCGAGCCCAGUUCCCAUGACGGCAAUUCUGACACAGACUCACAGCCCCCUUCCAAGGAGGAGAGCCCUCUUGGCACCUCAGGAGGGGAGGACGGAGAGGCGUUGAGGUCAUCAGCCGAAGAAACCGCCGGCGAUACCAUGCUAGAACAGCCGGAUAUGCUAAGCACUGAAAAAGAUGCCGGUCUUCCCGAAGAGCCCCACCCGAGUCUUCUGAAUAGUGAGAACGAGAGCACUGAGGUUGUGCUCCAAGCCCCAGAGAAGGAAGCAAGUGCAACUCACAAAAUGACGGAUGCUCCAUUGCAUGAUGUCCCUGACCACCGCUGCAACACCACACAGACUACCCCUCAACCAAUUGCCAUCACAGAUUCCCGACGGGAGCAGCCCUUCCAGAGGUCUGGCUCUGUGUGGGAACGCGCUCGCAAGUUCAGCUCGGAGCCCCCCAGCAAAACGGGCUCUUCGCCGGCCCCCCAAAAAGGGGAGAGCGCCAGCAGGGGCUCUCGUGUCCUACAGCAGCAGCAGCAGUUCCUGCACCCGCAGCGUGUGACAGACUUACCUGGGGGAGUCCGUGGCGGCAGCACGCUCCAGGAUGGCACCAGGCAAGCCGGGGAGUGCCGUCCUGGCAUGGACCAGGCAGCAAAGCCUACCUCCUCUCAAGCAAAAGCCGGGACAGUCAGGCCUUCUGCUCAGGGCCCAGCCAGCCCUAAAGAGGUUGGUGGCCCCAAGGGGAGGAGCUACAGCAACCAAUGGCAGGGCAGCAAGCUGACACCUGCCCGACAGCCCAUUGAAAAUGCCAAGGGGAGGUCUGCCGGCUCAGAGGAGCCCUGUGCCCAGCUGAGCACCUCCUCCCGCAACCCCCUGCCUUCCCAAGCGCACGACCCCGGCACCGACGACGCCAUGAAAACCCUUUUCACCAUCGAGAUCAAGGACGGUCGCCAUCAGCCCAUCCAAAGCCACGUUGUGGGCACGCCGGGUAACCAGCGGGCAGAGAUCACUCUGGGGUUGAGAAGCGCCCCCAUCCGCAUCACCACCACCAGCAACGCUGGUAGCGCCAGCCAUGCCAGCAGCCAUCAGAAGAUGGAUGCCGAGCUGCUGGAGCAGCCCCAGGCGGCAGAGCCGGAGUUGUCCAACGGCACGGAGAAGGCGAAGGCCCAGCCUCAGGAGAUUCAGCAGCGAGGCCGACUGAGCGCCGAAGAGCUGAGCAAAAUUGAGGAGGAGGACGUGCUGGAUAAGAUGCUGGAUCGGACCACAGACUUCGAGGAGCGGCGGUUGAUCCGAGCAGCUAUGCGGGAACUGCGUCAGCGGAAGCGAGAGCAGCGGGAGAAGGAGCGGGACCGGCGGCUGGAGGAGUCCAAGGCCAAGGGGGCCAGCCACACCACGGAGACCACCUCCCGGCAGAGCGCCACCUCGGCCGACGGCUCAGCCGUCAGUACGGUCACCAAGACUCAGCGCCUCAUUCAGUCCAAUGAUGGCAGCAAAAGUUCGCGCAUGACAACAAUGGAGUCGAGCUUCGUGAAGAGAUCCGAAAAUGGUAAUACCUUUGUCCAGACCAAGUCGUCCUUCAGCUCAUCAUCCUCCAAGAAAGUGGGCAGCAUUUUUGAGCGAGAGGACGAGAGCCCCGGCCGCGCAGGUAGCUUGGCCGCUCUGGAGCGUCGCCAAGCUGAGAAGAAGAAGGAGUUGAUGAAGUCUCAGAGCUUACCCAAGACGUCAGCUUCGCAGGCGCGCAAAGCCAUGAUCGAGAAGCUGGAGAAGGAGGGCGGGAGCCCGGCCAACCCGGCGGUCUCCCGUGUGGCUGUCCAGCGCUCCGCUAGCUUUGGGGUCCCCAAUGCCAGCAGCAUCAAGCAAAUGCUUCUGGACUGGUGCCGCGCCAAGACCCGGGGCUACGAGCACGUUGACAUCCAGAACUUUUCCUCGAGUUGGAGCGACGGCAUGGCCUUCUGUGCACUUGUCCACAAUUUUUUCCCCGAGGCCUUUGACUAUGCGCAGCUCUCGCCACAAGACCGACGGCGCAACUUCGAGAUGGCCUUCUCAGCAGCAGAGAAGCACGCGGAAUGCCCACAGCUGCUGGAUGUGGAGGACAUGGUCCGGAUGCGGGAGCCGGAUUGGAAGUGUGUGUAUACGUACAUCCAGGAAUUCUAUCGCUGCCUGGUCCAGAAGGGGCUGGUAAAAACCAAAAAGUCCUAGUCUCCCCACCUGCGGAGCUAUGGAUGUUCGUGGACUGCGUGCCCUUGGUGGACGUAGAAGACAUGAUGAUCAUGGGGAAGCGUCCAGAUGCGAAAUGCGUGUUCACGUACGUGCAGUCCCUCUACAACCACCUGCGGCGCCAUGAGCUCCGGAUGCGGCAGCAACACUUCUAGCCCCCCCUUGUCCCCAACCCACCCAUCACACUCACCUCUUCCUGGGAGCCGCCCUGCCCCCGAAGCAUCCAGCCUAG